AUGGACCAUACUCGCUUUCCCCGCGGUCGUGGUCGUGGGCACUCGCUUGCUCCGACCACUCCUCAACAUCCUGUUCGCCAGCCUAUUAAUGCUAGGAACGGUGCCAUGGGCUUCGGUGCCAUGGGCUUCGGUGUCAUCGGCAGCGGAUUGCGUACCGCCAACGCCGGUAUUCCCCUCGGAUACAAUGCGGAUAGGAGCGUUGGCCCUGCAAGUGCCCUGCGGGCUUCUCACGGCGUGCACCCAGCGAAGGACAUGUCGGGACCCGGCUUGAUGCAAGCUGCCGGUGUGCUUCUGCCAUACAACGGUCAUCCCCAGCAUCACGAUAGUGGCACCGAUCAGCAAUUCGCGCUUGAUACCAACGGCAUGGUCCGACAUCUCUUCGCUUCAGGUUCUCACGAGAACCCUGGUCAUAGACGUACCUACACCCCCACAGAGGAGCAACUUGCCCUUUCCUUGCGUCACCUCGGUCUGGUGGCUGGUGACAACUCUCCUACCGCCGCCGAAAUCCUCGACAUCGCUCAGAGGAGGUUGAUGAGGUCGAUGGAUCGGAGGGAUGCGGACAACGAGCCUGGACUCUCCGACUCGUUUUCUGUGUCUAAUGGCACUGAACCUUCCGAAGAACCGCGUACUCCAAUUGCUCCGGCCUCUGGGUUUGGUUACUCUCCGCCAACGCCGAGCAACCAGGGUCGAGUGAUGGGAAACGAGCUGUUCUCUGGUCGUCCGGACAACUUGUCCCGCUCCAGUCACCACCCAAGGGGUACCAGCCAGAUCGACCCCUACAUCCCACCUGUCAAUGACUACGGAUUCUUUGCCGAAAGUCCCGAUGGCAAACCCGUUUGGACCGGCAAGGACAACGACGCUGCCCACAGUCAAGUCGUGUCUAUGAAUGGGAGCCACCGCUCUUGCGAUACUGUCAUCGGUACUCCGAUCGUCCUCUGCCCUUCGAUCGCCCCCUGCCCUUCGAGAAAUGAGAUCUGUGCCGUCCCCUCCAGUCAUGACUCGGAGAAUGCCUUGAAGUUAGAAAACGAGCAACUCAGAAGCGACCUCGACCGUCUAGAGCAGCAGGCCUAUAAGUAUCAGUCGAAUCUGAACCACGCAUGUCAGGUUGCCCUUAAAAACAUCACUGUUCGUGAGGCUGAAAUCGCGAGUCUCAAGCGUCAACUACGUCAAGAAGGUCUUCGUCCUUACAAUGAGCCCGAAGAGACAGAUGAUGCUGCUGCUUUUUACGAGAGCGAGCUUGCCAUGCUUUUCCGUAUGGUCUCUUGCUGGGCGAAGCGGUUUUACAAGUUCCCAACCACGGAGACCUUGGGUGAAGACAUCCUGAACAAACUGCGCCAGGUCUGCGAAGAUUGGCAUAACGAAUGCUACUUGAUGACCAGUGAACGGACCAAGUUCCUCGUCGUAGUUGCCAUGGCUACUCGCAUGUUGGCUGGAUUGUUUGAGCCGGCUUUCUUGGAUGAGGUUGUCAGCAUCUUUCUUGGAAACCCUGAUGUCAAGGCUGGAGACGGACUUCGUGAGAUCAUUCAUUUUGCUAGACUAGGCAAUCCUGAAUUUGACGAUCUCAUCUACGAUGCUUUCCAGGAAGCUGCCAGCAAGAAGGCCGGCAUUUUCGUGAAAUUGAUACGCCCCUUGAUGAGCCGUAUGACCGACAAGACGCACGCCGAGCAGACGCACAAGCAAUUCGUCCAGGUCACUCAGCAUGCGGCAAGGAUCGUCCUUGGAGCAGCGAAGAAGGAGGUUGCCUUCAACGUGCAGUUCUUUCAUUUCGGAGAGCGUUUCAGCGCAGACAUUAUGAAAGAUGUGACUGCCGAUAAUCUCGGAUCUGACGCCGCUGCGAAGAUUAGGGCUUCCCUUCUCCUCGAACUGCGUGGUGCAUGGAUUCGUCUUUGUAUGCUUCCUUACAUCACUGUUUCCAUCAAGGAAAAUGGUGACACCUACCGUCAGGUCGAGGCUUCCAAGGCCAAUGUGCUCCUGCUUUGA